AGCAAGCUCACAAGUUUUGCUUGCCGUGCGUGCUCGCAGUCUUUGCCCCCAAGACACAAGCUAGCCACACCAUCGAUCGGUACCGCACGGCUACGCGUACAACUCCUGAGCAAGACUCAUAAGCAAGAUCAUGAUCAUUGCUAGCUGGCCCCACUGUAACUAGCAAUCCAAAUGAAAGCGCAAGCCACAAGCCAUGAGGGCAGUUCAGUCUGCACAGAUCAACUCCAACUCCAACCAAGAAAUAGCAUCGAAAUGCUAAAGCAAUAGCAAAUGAAGCCUAGUAGCUAGGGAGCAGAAAGCCUGAAGAGAGACGAGACGAGACGAUGCAGCUGGAGAAGGGGUCCCUGGACCUGGUGCUGGUGCCAUGCGGGCUGGUGGUGAUGCUGAGCUACCACCUCCUACUCCUCUACCGCAUUCUCCGGCAUCCCGCCACGACCGUGAUCGGCUACGAGAACCACAACAAGCUCGCCUGGGUGCGGCGCAUGGUGCAGGCGACCCCCGACGAGACGGGGCUGGCGCUGAGCGUCAUCUCCAGCAACAUCUCGGCGUCCACCAACCUGGCGUCGCUGUCCAUCGCGCUGGGCUCCCUCAUCGGCGCCUGGGUCAGCAGCACCACCAAGAUGUUCAUGACGGAGCUCGUCUACGGCGACCGCAGCCAGUCCACGGCCACCGUCAAGUACUACGUGCAGGCCAGCUUCCUCGUCACCACCCUCGACUCCGACGUGCCGGCGACCUACGUGCAGCACGCCGUCAUCCGGGGCGGCAACUUCUGGUCCAUGGGCCUCCGGGCGCUCUACCUGGCCACCACGCUGCUCAUGUGGGUCUUCGGGCCCAUACCCAUGUUCGCCUGCUCCGUGCUCAUGGUGCUCAUCCUGCACAUGCUGGACACCAACUCCCUGCCCCUGCACCAACACCAAUUCACAGUUAGGAAACGGCAAGCUCUCACGCCAACCAUCGCCACGACUACGAGACAGCAGACCAGUCCGCAGAACCCAAUGCUCAGCAACCCGGUCUUGUCACCUGUUACCUUUUUCACUUGAGACAAUCAUUGCAGAACCUGAAUUUUCAUUAAUGUUGAACUACAAAAAUUUCAUUACAGAUAUUGUUUCCAAAACUAGGACAAGUUCUCCCUUUGUUACUUCUUUAUCUUCAUAGAAGAACAGUGGGGACAUUGGGAUCAUUCCCAUUGGACUCAGUAGUUUUCUUCUUGCCUCGCUUCUUGAGCUUCUUUUUGAAUCUGAACUGUUCCUUCAUGUUCUUCUCC